AACGCUGAUAGCUCAACAACCAAAUUCGUCGGGAUUGUGGUGGAUGUCGCAAAUCACAGAAGUGCAGUAAAGGCACGAAAUACCAAAACUAUAGGGGCCGUGGAGUGAUUCACGGAUUUCUUGGGGUACAUGCAUCCGGAAGGGGGAGUGAGAUUCAGGGUGGCUCAAGUAGGGCGAGAUGAUGUCAUAAACAAAAUUGAAGCUCCUCUUACUGAGAUGCAUUUGAUUGGGAUACUGAGCUAUUGUCGUGGAAGCUCGAACCGCACGUUCUCAAACCUAACUGACUGUGCUCCGCCGAGCUUCUCUUUCACGUUUAACUUUGAAGAUGUUUUUAGGGCACAGCAAGGGGCUUCCAAUGUAUUAAUUCCUCAAGCGAUACAUGAUACGAUUGGAUAUUAUAGGAACUGCACACAAUGGGCUAUUUUUGCUUACCUAACAGCAUCCUGUUCAAUAGGGCUCAUAGUCCUGAUCAGUUUUACAGCUGUCUGUUCUCGGUUGGGAAGUGUGAUUACGAGUCUGUUCGCCCUGGUGAGGGGAACCGUCCCUUUAUUAUGCUUUUGCUGAAACCAGUAGACAGCAGCAUUUUCUAGUUUCGGAGCAUCUCUUACCGUUCUUUUCGCGAGCGAAGCCCUCGCUAGCAGCUUGAACUCUGUGUCGACAAUAAUUGGCGUUGAGAUAACCCUCGGACGGCGAGCUAUGAUUAUAUCGUGCAUCGGAACAGCGUUGGUCAUUAUAGCAGCUCUGAUAUUGCUUGCACAUACAUGCUACGGACCUGCUAAACCGAGGAUAAAAACUGAACAGAGGGUCCAAAAUAGCUAGGGCAGUACUAUAGAAUCCCGAGCUCUCCUAGGCUUUACCUCAUAGACUGGAGACACUGAUAAAGGAGACAGGUCUUGGGGCUGGUGGGGUGGGGAAAC